AACAUUGCCGUCUAUGAAUGGCUGCCAGUAUUCCUUGGAGACCAAAAACUUCCCCCUUAUCCAGGUUACCAGAAGUUUGUUGACCCUGGGAUCUCACCUGAGUUUCAGGCUGCUGCCUUUCGGUUUGGUGUCACUAUGGCGCCACCUGGUGUUUAUAUGAGAAACAGGACGUGUCAUUUUCGAAAGAUUAUCAACAUCGAUGGCAGUGAGUCACCAGCAAUGCGUCUCUGUAACAGCUUCUGGAAGCGGCAGAGUGCCAACAUGAAGUCAGGUCAAGAUGUUGAUGAGCUCCUGAUGGGCAUGGCGUCUCAGAUCGCAGAAAAAGAAGAUAACAUAGUUGUUGAGGACCUCAGAGAUUACUUGUAUGGACCUCUGCGAUUCAGCCGCACAGAUCUGGUGGCAUUGACCAUCCAGAGAGGGAGAGACUUUGGUCUGCAAAGUUACACUGAGACCAGAAGAGCGCUGGACCUGCCGCCUGUGAAGACGUUUGAAGAAAUUAACCCUGAGCUCAGCAGAACCAACCCACAGCUGCUGCACGAUGUUGCAGAGCAGUACGGCGGAGACAUCUCCAAACUGGAGCUCUUCCCUGGAGGAUUGCUGGAGUCUACUGAUGGUCCUGGACCAGUUUUUACUGCAAUAAUUCUGGAUCAGUUUGAACGCAUCCGAAACGGAGACCGCUUCUGGUUUGAGAACAAACAGAAUGGUUUGUUUACAGAUGAAGAGAUCCGGAGAAUCCGCAGUGUCACAUAUCAAGAUGUCCUUAUAGCUGUCACCAGCGCAGAGCCCACUGAUUUACAGAAAAACGUCUUCUCAUGGAUGAGUGGUGACCCCUGUCCCCAGCCUGCACAGCUGGAAGCAUCGAUGCUGCAUCCAUGCACCAACUUCACUACCCUUAAUUACUUUGAUGGAAGCCAAGCUGGCUUUGGGAUCUCCAUCAUCAUUAUGUGCCUUUUCCCUGUUGUGAGUUUUCUGGUAGCCUGUCUGGUGGCGUGUCUCCGGAAGUACAGGUACAGGAAGUUCCAGCGAAGAAAAGGAAAAGCUGGAGACAGAGCAGAGGAGCCAACUCUAGGAAUUGCUGCAUAUGAGUGGCAGGGUCAUAAAAAACUACUCCACCCAGUCAGUGUGGAGAUUGAAAACAGGAGGCUGCAGGUGUUUGACAGAUCUGGAGCCAUGCAGCGCUCCCUCAGUCUAAAAAACCAGGACCACCUGGAUAUCUUUCUAUCCAGCAGUCACACACAUAAAGCUGUGCUGCUCAAAGUACCAAAGGAGUACGACCUGGUGCUAUUUUUUGAUGAUGAAAGUAAACGUUCAGAAUUCGUCAGCCACUUGCGUCUGGAGCUGGAGGACAUGAGGAAGGAGAUUAGAGUGAAGGAGAUGAGAGAAGGGGAACUGCUGAAAGAGGCUCUAACCAAAGAGCAGAGAGCUCAGAUUGUGGAAACUUUCAUUCGCCACGCUUUCUCUAAGGUUUUGGAAAUAGAGAGAUGUCAUGCUGGACACAUGAGCAGCGUCUCCCGAAAGCGAGCCAGAGAGGUUCUGCAGUGCGAGCUGACGGCGUCAGAGUUUGCUGACGCCCUGGGACUGAAGCCAGACUCCUUAUUUGUGGACUCUAUGUUCACGCUGGCCGAUAAAGAUGGAAACGGUUACCUCUCUUUUCAGGAGUUUCUUGAUGUUAUAGUCAUCUUUAUGAAAGGGUCUCCAGAAGAAAAAUCCCAGCUCAUGUUCUCCAUGAACGAUAUCGGUGGAACUGGCUUCCUGUCGAAGGAGGAAUUUGCCAGGAUGCUCAGGUCUUUCAUUGAAAUCUCUAAUGGCGUCCUGUCAAAGGCACAGGCAGAGGACGGCAUCAAGGCCAUGAUGCAGGCUGCAGGCUUUGAUAACAAGGAGAAAAUCUCAUGGAGGGACUUUCAUUCCCUCCUGAAGGACCACGAAAAGGAGCUGCAGUUUGCUCAACUCAAUGUCAAAGGGAUGGAGAAACAGGGGAGGAAACGCCUGAGCCGAGACCAGAGAGUGUCCUUCAUCCUUCCAGCUAACAGCAGUAUUAAAUCUGAUGGACCGGAGCUACGGAGACGGAAAAAGUUGAGCAUUAAGGCCCCGGCUGUCUACGUGAAGCCAAAGCGGGAGCAGUACAUCAGGAACCCCGUCCAGCAGAAAGUCCAGCAGUUCAAGCGUUUCAUUGAGAACUACCGCCGUCACAUUGUUUGUUUCAUCAUUGUGUUCGGCAUCACAGCUGGCGUCAUCACUGAGAGAUGCUACUUCUAUAGUUCACAGGCAGAAGCCACUGGUGUACCUGAGACCACGGUGAUGGGCAUUAUUAUCGCUCGAGGCACGGCGGCAGGAAUCUCUUUUCUGUUACCAUACAUCCUUCUCACUGUGUGCCGUAACCUCAUCACGCUGCUGAGAGAGACCUUCCUGAACCGCUACAUCCCCUUCGACGCUGCCAUCGACUUGCACCGCAUCAUGGCCAUGACGGCCGUCGUCCUCUCAGUUGCUCACAGCUUGGGUCACGUCGUCAACGUCUACAUAUUCUGCACCAGCGACCUCAGCAUCCUUUCCUGUCUUUUUCCAAAAGUCAUAGCCAACAAUGGGUCUGAAAUCCCUCCUAAGUGGUACUGGUGGUUCUUUCAGACAGUUCCAGGAAUCACUGGUGUCCUGCUUCUCUUUGCUUUUGCGUUUAUGUAUGUUUUUGCUUCUCACUACUUCCGUCGCAUCAGUUUUCGUGGAUUUUGGAUGACCCAUUACCUCUAUGUCGUUGUCUACAUUCUGACCGUCAUACACGGCAGCUACGCUCUGCUCCAGGAGCCGCGUUUCCACAUCUACCUUAUCCCUCCCAGCCUGCUCUUCCUACUGGAUAAACUGAUCAGCCUGAGCAGGAAAAAGGUGGAGAUCCCUGUUGUCAGAGCAGAGCUGCUGCUUUCAGGUGUGACACAUCUGGAGUUCAAGCGGCCAAAGGGCUUUGUGUACCGUUCAGGCCAGUGGGUUCGGAUCGCAUGCUUGAUGCUGGACACAGAUGAGUACCACCCAUUCACUCUAACAUCUGCCCCUCAUGAAGAGACCCUGAGUCUGCACAUCAGAGCUGUGGGGCCAUGGACCAGUCGGCUCAGAGAGCUCUACACAGAGGAGAGCCUCCUGGAGCUUGGUGGCUAUCCGAAGCUGUACUUGGACGGACCGUUCGGCGAGGGCCAUCAGGAGUGGAACGACUUUGAGGUGUCUGUCUUGGUGGGGGGAGGAAUAGGCGUCACACCGUUCACCUCGAUCCUCAAGGACCUGGUGUUCAAGUCCUCCAUCAAGUCUAAGAUCCUGUGUAAAAAAGUUUACUUCAUCUGGGUGACCCGCACACAGCGUCAGUUUGAGUGGGUGUCCGACAUCAUCAGGGAGGUGGAGGAAAUGGACACUCAGGAGCUGGUCUCUGUUCACACGUACAUCACUCAGGUGGCAGAGAAGUUUGACCUGCGCACCACCAUGCUGUAUGUUUGUGAGCGCCAUUUUCAGAAGGUGUGGAACCGCAGCCUCUUCACCGGCCUGCGCUCCGUCACUCACUUUGGCCGUCCGCCCUUCGUCUCUUUUUUCAGCUCUCUGCAGGAAGUUCACCCCGAGGUUGGUAAAAUCGGCGUAUUCAGCUGCGGACCGCCUGGACUGACCAAGAAUGUGGAGAAAGCGUGCCAGAAGAUGAACAAGAGGGAUCAGACCUACUUCCUGCAUCACUAUGAGAACUUCUGAUCAGUUUUAAGCUUUAAAUUACUUUAAAUUACUGUGUGUUACAUCAACCACAGCUUUAAUUAGCAAUAUUUUACUAUAAAUGAAUAAUCCACUUGAUUAAACAUGUUUUCUGUGCAGUUUUCUUCUCUAACCAGGUGAUGAAAAUCAGGAAAAGGAUCAUUUUUCAUUAAAUGUUUCACAAUUUAAUUUGACUUUACUUAUGAAAUAAGCAGCGUACUUGUUUGAUGUGUAUGUAAAUGAUUUUAUGUUAUAAAUGCUGAUAAAAUAACCAGUUUUG